GGGUCUUGCUAUGUUCCCCAGGCUGGUCUUGAACUCCUGGGCUCAAGUAAUCCUCCCACCUCGGCCUCCCAAAGUGCUGGGGUUACAGGCAUGAACCACUGCACCCGACCUGAAUGAUGUUUUUGGCAAUGAAAAUGAAACACAAAAUCCAGCAAGGUUUGACGGGGAAGGCGAGCUGGCGACCACAUAGUCACAGUCAGCCUUUGCUUCCGCUUUAUGCUGCAGUUUCUCACUGUCACUUCCUGCCACCGGGCUCGUCUUCCUGUGAAAAUUCAGCCCCUCUUCCUCAGUUGCCCCUUUGCAACAGAACGAGGCCAGCAUUUUUUAAAGCGUCCUUGAGGAGUCCAGUUCCUAAAAGAUUAUUUCAAAGUCCACUGUUGUGGGCUGACUUGAGUGCUCUCAAAAUUCGUAAGUUGAAGCCCUGACCCCCAGGACCUCAGAACGUGACUGUGCUUGGACACAGGGACUUUCCAGAGGUGAUUAAGGUUAAGUGAGGUCACUGGAUGGCCCUCGUCCUAUCUGACUGGUGUCCUGAUGGGGACACGGACACCCACACAGGAACGGACCCGGGGAGAACAACACAUCGUCUCUGCGCCAAGGAGAGAGGCGUCCGGGGAACCCAGCCCUGCCCACGCAUUUAUCUCCGCCUUCCGGCUCAGAAUUGUGAGGAAACCCGCUUCUGUUGUGCAAGUCCACGGUCUGUGGUGCUCGGCCAUGGCACCCCCAGAACUGCAUCUCCACCUUCUGCUCUGAGCCACCCAUCCCCUCUGGAAGGGCUGAGCUUCUCUCCCUUUCCACCUUCUGUUCCGAGCCACCCAUCCCCUCCAGAAGGGCUGAGCUUCUCUCUCUUUCACUGCCUAUGCUCUGGGAAACUUUCAGAAUCCCCAGGCUGUUUCUGGAAUAGUCUGGGAUGCUCAUUUUCGGUCCUCACAGAACCGGGGGUUUGGAAGGUAGGUGAAGCCAUAUGGGUUGCAGAGAAUCUGGCCCAGCCCCUCACUAGUCCCUGUGCUUGUUAUUUAUUCUUUAAUUACUUGGAUAUCAACUCUGAUUUAAAACAUCAAUUUAACAUACAGAUAAUGCUGGGACUGCAGCUUCGCCAGGUGGCCUUCCUCUCCCGGUCUCGGGAGGCGUCACGCCCAUCUUGUCCCCGCAAGGUCAAGCGAAAAGGGCAAAGUUAUCUUUUUUUUUUUUUUUUUUUUUGCAAAAUUCAAACCUUUCCCUCCUUCCCAGGUCUGGGUCACUUGCGACCCUCCUCUCAGGCUGCUUCUGACAGGCCCAAGUCACAGCCAACUUCAGGGGAGCUGUGUUGGAUCCCUCCAAACUCCUGGAAUGAUGUGACCUCUCUGGCGCUCACCCUGCGCCUCCAGUCCCCUUCUCAGUGCACCCUUGGAACUUCACCCCCUGCCUGCCAGCUGCCCCCACCGCCUUCCCCUGUCCUGAAGCCCCUGUCCCUACCAUCCGCCCCAGACACUUCCAUGCUCUUCUUGAGGGUGGGCUGUCUCCAGGUGCUGCUCAUUCCCCGGCCAGGCUGCUGUGCCCUCACUGAAGCUCAGGCAUCUCAUCCCCCUACACUGCAGGAGGUGAGGUCUGCACAAGGCCUCUGCUCCCCUGAGAAUAAGCCCAUGCGUUCCAUGGUGCCUCCUAAGCCCCUGAACUGGAGUCCACCCCAGUACUGGCGGGAGCCUGAUUGCUGGAGUGAAGGCUUCCUCCUUCCUGGCCACCCCAUUCCCCUCAUCUCUGGGACAGAAACCGACAAUAAACGCCUGCCCGAGACCUGGGGUGGAAAAACAGAGUGA